GGUCAUGUGACCGCGCGGGGAGGUCAGCUGCCUCUUUCUCCUGAAGACAGCAGAGCAGCAGGACAAAAUGUGCACCAGUGUCCAGCCCAUCGAGUGCACCACCGACAUAAGGAACCAAAAUUUCGAUGGCGUCGUCCUGGUGACCCAGAGCCAUGACACCUUGCCCCCGGAGCUGGAGUUCCUGAAAGCCCCGCUGCAGGACUACAGCUCUGUGGACAGUGGUCUCGGGGAGGAAGUGGUGGUCCUCAAGGUCCCCGGUCUCCCUGGCAACCGGCUGGUGUUUGCCUCCACCGGCCCAGUAAACCGUGACUACGACGACGUCCGUCGUUUCAGCGAUGCAGCGGAGAAGGGCAUCAAGCGGGCUUUGAAAGCCGGCAUGAAGCGCCCCCUGCUGGUGUGCCCUCCGCACAAGGACUACAACAGCAACACACUGGUUGCUGCGCUCGGAGCCCUGCAUGCUCUCUACAUGCCCAUUGAAGUGAGAGAAGGGAACGUGAAACCCAACGACUUCAAGGCGUGUGUUCUGGGCCUGUGGACAGUGCAGGAGGCUGAGGGAGCGAAGCUGGUGGAGCUGGCGAACGCUCUGGAGAGUGGCCGACUGGCGUACCGGGACAUCGGCGGCUCCGACCCUGAGCGGAUGGCUGCGCCUCGCGUGGCUGAUUAUGUUCAGGAGCUGUUCAGGGACAGCCCUGUGACGGUGGAAGUGGUGAGUGACCUGAAGACCUUGGAGAAAGAGUAUCCAUGUCUGGCCGCAGUCAACCGCUGUGCCAGCAGUGUUCCUCGCCAUCAGGCUCGAGUCAUCAAGCUGCAGUACUGUGGAGAGGGUCCCAUCCAGAAGACCCUCAUGUUGGUGGGAAAGGGCAUCACCUACGACACAGGCGGAGCAGACAUCAAGGCCGGGGGCAUUAUGGCCGGGAUGCACCGGGACAAGUGUGGAGCUGCUGCUGUGGCUGGAUUCUUCCAGAUUUUGGCCAAACUGAAACCAAGACAUCUGAAGGUCAUGGGUGCGAUGGCCAUGGUGAGGAACAGUGUGGGCGCAGAUUGCUACGUGGCUGAUGAACUCGUGGUGUCCCGCGCCGGCCGCAGAGUGAGAGUGGGAAACACCGACGCUGAGGGACGUAUGGUCAUGGUGGACCUGCUCUGUGAGAUGAAGGAGAAGGCUGUCCGUGAGGUUUCUCCUCAGCUGUUCACUAUCGCCACGCUGACUGGUCAUGCCAUCAGGGCCAUGGGACCCAACUACUCUAUCAUCAUGGACAACGGACCGGCUCAUCGCAGCGGUAAUGCUGCUCAGUGGCAGAAAGCCGGAGAGGUGCUGGGCGACGUGUUCGAGGUGUCCACCAUCCGUCGCGAGGACUACGAGUUCCACAAGGGCAAGUCUGAGUAUGAGGACAUUUUGCAGUGCAACAACCUUCCGUCCUCCGCCACACCUCGAGGACAUCAGACCCCUGCAGCCUUCCUCAUCAUGACCUCCGGGCUCGACAAGCACGGUGUGGAUUCUGGCACGCCUCUGCCGUACUCCCACAUCGACAUUGCCGGCUCCAGCGGUCCUUUUCCUGGUGUCCCAACAGGAGCCCCCAUCCUCGCCAUGGCAACCAACUACAACCUGUUCGAUGGCUUCUAAACAGAUCAUACUGAACGUCUACAACCUCUGCACUUCAAGCUGAUAACCGUCCAAAAAAUUAAUGAGAUGCCUGCCACAACACAUAAUGCAAUUUUUUUCUAACAUUUUUCAAUACUGUGUCUCUGUAGGACUGCUCAUCUUACACUUUUCUAUGAACUGUUAACUUUUUUUCACAUCUGAAUCAAGACAGUUGAGUCUCUUUUGUCUAAAUCAGUCUGCCUCAGGGGAUUAAAUGGCCAUUUGAAAAUACAAUUCUUUUAUAUUGGUGUCUG